AUGCACAUUAAUUCAGCCAAGUGUCUGGCCUGCACAACAACAGCAGUAGGAGUGUGCAUUGUCGGCUCCUUGCAAUCCCAACCACCACAGACCCACCAGAGAGCAGGAUUAUCUGACAUGGAGUUGCCUCGGAGUGGAGGAUACUCGGGCUCACACAUGAAUGGCAGUGAGACGCCCAGUUAUUCGCAGCACAGAACUCCAGGUGGACCUCUCAGUCCGAGUGAGGAUGCCUCGGCUCACCAAACCAUGAAUAGAGGCGGUAACAGGGAGGGCAGAGGAAAUACUCCAGCUGGACUGGCUCAAGUUAGACAGACUCUCGCUCUGCCUGAUCUUCAACUCAGUCAUGUCACUGUCUUCACGGAUCGUGCGGAGCUAGUGAGGACAAUCACACCGGUCUUCAAGGCAGGCGAGAUUGUUGAGAUGCUCUUCGAGAAUGUCUCCACGGCUAUUGAUAAGGACUCGAUUAGAGUUGAAUUGCGAGGAGCGGCCACAAUUCUCGAUGUGACAUACACCGCACGUACAGUUCCACACUUGGAGGAGACGUGGGCACAGAGCAUCGCUGAUUUGCAGACCGAAUUGCGUCAGUGUCAUCGUCAGAUUGAGGCAGUCACAGGUCGCUUGGCUCGCCUUGAAAAACAGCGUACUGUACUGGACACCUUUGCGGAUGGAAUGACUAAAAAAACUGAGGAGGAGGUAUUUGCAGCUGCCUUGCCUCAGCCUCCGCCUAUGCCACUGCCACAGUACGAUAAAAAACACGACAAGCAUAGUAAGAAAGCACCGCCUGUAUAUGAGGAUAGCCUUGCUACGGGUCUGGCGAAGCGAUCGGUCUCGGAGCUUAACAAUCAGGCUAAUCCCUAUGACCCAUCACACAUGGACACAUUACAGCGCUUUUUAACUAUGUACGAAGAUCAAGCCGAGCGCUUGGACAGCAGCCUCCUCUCCUCCAAGGAAGAGUUGGAUCGGACUCGUGAUCGGGCCGAGCAAAUUGAAAAGGAGUUGGAUAUGCUGGAGAAACGUCAAGACGAAAAUCUAGUCAGGGAAAUCAGCGUACUAAUUGAGCCCCGUGAAGACGGUCCAGUGGACAUGUUGAUCACCUACGUCGUUAGUCGGUGUCUUUGGAAACCCGCCUAUGAUAUUCGUCUCUUCAACAGCGACGGAUCCAUGAAGAUCAUCUACUACGGCUUGGUGCAACAGUCGACUGGCGAGGACUGGGAACCGAGAAGAAUGACUCUAUCUACUGCUCAGCCGAGUUCGGAGGGCCUUUGCCCGUCACUCGGCUUACAGCGCUUGCACUACAAACAAACUUCUGUGGGAAUGUUUACCUGCAAUGUGAAGACGUAUACGACAAACAACAGUCUCUCUAAGGCUUGGGCUGAUUUUAUUCUCCCCCUCCCUCCAGCGCCUGGACCCCUUCCAUAUUUCCAGGGGUGGGUGGAAAAGUUUGUGCGUUUCUCGCGCCUCGGCUAUGCGUCAACCUCCCCGAUUUUGAUGCUCCUUGCUCUUUCUCUAACUCUCAACCCCACUAAUAGCACACCCCAACCGACCUCCUUACCAAGUGUGUCAUCUGCAUCCUCCUCACGCCCUCCUCGGCCUGUUUCUUCGGCUUCGCGCAAUAAGACGCCUCGAGCGCUUGCACAAGCUCAGCACCAGCACUCUCUCCUCAACGAGAACGGCUCUCACGCGCCUGAGGUGAGGCUCCCCUCCGAGAGUUCCAUGCGAAGGCAGCAAGCCUUAUCGGCCUCAAAAGAGAGUAAAAAGCCUCCCAAUGCACGGAAACGCAACUCCUCGGAGUCGAGUAGACCCGUGUCACCUCCAAUGGACCAUCUCUAUGCUCCGCCUACGGCAACGUUUAUUCCUCCAGAGGAGGUGGCAAUUGUAGGCAACUAUCUAGUCGCCACUUUGCCCCGAUCUCGACAUACCUCGCUGUCUGGUGAGAGUAUGCGUCAGCCACGAACCACCUCACGGUCACGCGCGCCCUACUUUGAGGAGGUUUGCUAUCAUCCAUAA